AUGCAAGCGCUGCAAACCCUGAGAUCUCAAUUCUCACUGGUGUUGACAGACUUUGCAGAGUCUAGCAGCAGAUUCCGGAUCCUGCACACCAUCCCGCCAUCACAACCGCCAUCCUCCCAAGCGUUGCGCACAGUCUUUGUCCUUGACUCCAGUUUCAACCCACCAUCGCGAGCACAUAUGAGCCUGGUGAAGACGGCGCUGACGGCGAAGCACUUACAAACCAGCUCGACUUCUAAUUCUCAUUCCCAUUCUACUCCGAGGGCGAGUGCGGAUGCGGAUGCGGAUGUUUCUGCCGAACCAACCCCGAGAGUCCUGUUCCUCCUGGCGACCGUGAACGCGGACAAGAAACCCAAGCCGGCCGACUUCGAAGAUCGGCUGGUCAUGAUGGUGCUGAUGGCCGAGCAGUUACGUGCAGCCUUCGGCGAUGCCGCUGGUUCUACGUCCAACACCAAUACCGAUCCUGCGGCCGGCAACACGCGGGCCCCGGUGGUGGAUAUCGGCAUUACGAAAGAACCGUACUUCAUCGACAAAGCAAGCUGCAUCGACCAGAGCAACGUGUACCGGCCCGAGGAAGACGGCAGUUUCGUCGAGCAGAUCCACUUGACGGGCUUCGACACCUUGAUCCGCAUCUUCACGCCAAAGUAUUACCCGAACCACACGCCGCCGCUGUCGGCGCUGGCCCCGUUCCUCUCGCGUCAUCGCUUGCGCGCUACAGUGCGCGUAGAGACCGACUCGCCUUCCCCGAAUCUCAAGGACGCGCAGGGCGAACCAGGCUCUGAGUUUGACACCGUCGAAGGCCAAGUUGCGUAUGUCGAUCGCAUUGCGCGUGGGGACAUGGAGGCUCAGGGCCUGAAGAGAGAGUGGGCGACGAAGGUUGAGCUGGUUAUUGAUGACUCCGGGGAGGCUCAAGGCGUGAGUUCGACCAGGGUACGUGACGCCGCGAGAGCGGCUAGGUUCGAUGAGGUGGAAAUGCUCGUUGGGAAGCGGGUUACCGAAUGGAUCAAGCAAAGGGGUCUGUAUCGCGAUUAG